AUGACUAGAGCAGGACGCUUCGUCGUACGCUUCUUGCUACUCAUACUCGUUUGGACGCCGUUGGCGCGUGCUUCCGACGCGCCUGCGCGGUGUCGGAAGCCACACGCUCGUCGACAUCAGUCUCCUCCCUCCCCGCCACCCGACAAUCGCGCAUCAAAGCGAUUCCAGUACGUCCGCAAACACCACCAGCACUCCACAACAGCCCCCCGCGACACAGGCGCAUUCGACAAGCGUGGCGUCGCCGGCAUCGCAGGCGACAUCGAAUGGAUGGGCUUCUACGGCUCGCUCCUCGCCGUCCCCACCAUGCUCUCCGUCCUGGGCAUCGUGACCAACUACAACCUGGAAAAGUCGUACUACAACUCGCAGCUCAACGCGCAGUACUACAAACAGACGCGCGAGAUGCUCCGCGCCCACUCGGCCAAACUCAUCAGAGAACAGGAGCAGAAGUUCGCCCAGGCCGGCGUCAAGUGGCAGGGCAUGAUCUACGACAAGGAUGGGAAUUUGAGGCCGGGGGCGCACGCGCCGAGCUGGCAUGGCCAAGCGAUCGGAGCCCCGCCGACGGCAGCGCAGGGUGCGGCACAGCCUGCUGCUAAUACUGGCGCUGGCGCUGGUGCUGGCAAUGGUAGUGCAGCCGCUCCUGCUGGUGGCAAUGCAGCCAGUAUAGGUGGUGAUGGUGCCGCAGCUGUUCCAAGCGAUGGUGCUGCGGCUGCUAGCGGUGGGGUAAGCGGCGGCGGUAGCGGUACUGCUGCUGGAGAAGGUGGGGAGGCUGACGCUAUUGGCAGUGGUGAUUCCACGGGACGAGCGGACAGUGAGUCAGACUCCAAAGGGACUGGAGACGGUGAUUUUGACUCCUCAUAG